AAAAAAUCCAACGACAACGGCAACAACAAACAUCAACGGGGCGACAAAGCGACACGCCUCGCGUUGCCACUGCUGUUGUUGUUGUCGCGAGUGUUUUUUUCGGCUGCAAAUUAAAUGAAUUUUAAUAAAUGAAACAAGAAAGUGUGUGCUGUGCGCUGUGCAUAUGCCAAUAAAUAAUAAUUAAAGUGCAGAGCCGCGUCGCAAAACAAAGAGGAGAGGCGGAGGCCAGAGCAAGCGAGCGAGCGAGAGAGGGAGAGACAGACUGAAAACGAGACGAGACGUUCUCUUGCCCUCUCGCUUCCACCCCCGCGCUUUCUCCAUACGUCUCCCCAUCCUCCUCCACCAGCCGCGUUUAUCAUUAUUAUUAUUAUUGUUGUUGUUGAUGCUGACGCUGCGCUGUUUUAUUUGCCUUUUGUUUUCAUCUUUAUUUUGUAUUUUUUAAUUCUGCGUCACAAUUCGCGAUUCUAAUUUCUUGCGUGUGUGUGUUUGUGUGCGUUUUCUGCAGAUCUUCGUCAUCCGAUUCAUAAGCAUAUAUAGCGUAUUAUAUACAUAUAUGUAUAUAUGUACAUAUAUGUGAAGCCAAAGUCCCGUUAACCUUACGUAAGUGUGUGGGUGGUCUCCUGAAGCGACGCAAAAAUGCAGCUCGAUCCCCAAAAGUCCCCAAAAUCCGCUUGCAACGAGUGCUAAAGAAAAUAAAAGAGAGAAAUAAAUCCAAAAUCCACCAUAAACCAACAUAAAAAGCGUUUACAACAAAAGUGCAAACUGAAAAAAACAAACAAGAGAGCGGAUUAAAAGCAAAGAUCCCGCAGAACCCCAGGACUCGAUCGGCAACGGAAACGGAAGCGGACCAAGCUGGCUAAGAUGGCCGCCGCCCACAGCCACCACAAUGCCAAUCUGCUUAGCUCGGACAUCUCGCGGCGCAAUCCGCAGGACGAGUACGAGCUCAUCCAGAAGAUUGGCUCCGGCACCUACGGUGACGUUUACAAGGCGAAACGGAUACAGAGCAAUGAGCUAGCCGCCAUCAAGGUCAUCAAGCUGGAACCCUCCGACGAUAUACAGAUCAUCCAGCAGGAGAUCAUCAUGAUGCGGGAUUGCCGUCACCCCAACAUCAUUGCCUACUAUGGAUCGUACCUGCGCCGGGACAAGCUAUGGAUCUGCAUGGAGUUCUGUGGCGGUGGCAGUCUGCAGGAUAUCUACCAGGUCACAGGACCCCUCACCGAAGUCCAGAUAGCCUACAUGUGCCGAGAGACGCUCAAGGGUUUAGAGUAUCUGCACUCCAUGGGCAAGAUGCACAGGGACAUCAAGGGUGCAAAUAUCCUUCUCACGGAGUAUGGCGAUGUCAAGCUGGCGGACUUUGGGGUGUCUGCGCAAAUAACAGCUACAAUUAAUAAAAGGAAGAGCUUCAUAGGUACACCCUAUUGGAUGGCUCCCGAAGUGGCUGCUGUAGAGCGUAAGGGCGGCUACAAUCAAUUAUGUGAUAUUUGGGCCUGUGGCAUCACAGCCAUCGAACUGGCGGAACUUCAGCCACCCAUGUUCGAUUUGCAUCCGAUGCGCGCCCUCUUUUUGAUGUCUAAGAGCGGUUUUAAGCCUCCCACACUGAACAACAAGGACAAGUGGAGUCCCACCUUUCACAAUUUCAUCAAAACAGCGCUGACGAAGAACCCCAAGAAGCGACCCACCGCCGAGCGACUGCUGCAGCAUCCGUUUGUCCAGUGCGAGAUGUCCUUGCGGGUGGCCAAGGAGUUGCUGCAAAAGUACCAAAGUCCCAACCAGCAGUUUUACUACUAUCUGGAUGGGGACGAGGAAGCGGUGGCCAGUGUGCCUCAGCGCAUUCCCAGCAAGAUGACGUCGCGCACCAAUGGCGUGCCAGCGUUAAAUCACACACUAAAAACAGGCAUGACGAACUCCACGUGGAGGAAUGAGCGAUCUUCUAGUCCCGAGACGUUACCCAGUGACAUGAGCCUCUUACAAUAUAUUGAUGAGGAGCUGAAGCUAAGAGCGACCUUGCCACUGAACGACACCAAAGACCCACUACUGGCCAGCACAACCAGCGGCGGCGGCGGCUCCACCGAAUGCAGCUGCUCCUCCCACAAUGGAGCAGCGGCUGUGGGAGGAGGCGUCGGAGGAGGAGGUGGAGCGGGAGCAGGCGGGGCGGCGGCAAACGGCAGCGGCAGCAGCGGAGGCGGAGUCGCAGGCACCAGCACCACCCAUCAGCACCAUCAGCACCACCAGCAUCACCACCAGCUUCACCAUCCCAAUCCGAAUCACCACCAUCAGCAGCAACAGCAGCAGCAGCAGAAUCAUCAGCAUCUGCCCGCUCAGGCUCAGGCUCAGGCCCAGCUACAGCAGCAGCAGCACCAUCAGCACCACCAUCCAAUGACCUCGUCCAUUUCCAGCGGCUCGGUGACCUCUAAUGCCAACUCCAACUGCAUCAGUUCGUCCGCCUCGCUGGCCUCCAUGCCGGGCCUGAGUGCCUAUCUGGGCAUGGGCAUGGGCUCCAGCCAUGUGGGCCUCGGCCUGGGCCUGGGUUUGGGCCUGGGCAUGAGCCCUGGCCUGGGGCUGUCCAACCUGCGCACCACCAGCAUCGACAACCACGAUGUGGGUGGCGAUGACGACGAUGAUCUGAUGGCUGCCGAUGUGGCAAUGAAUAAUGCCGCUGCCGCUGCAGCUGCUGCUGGUGCCGGCUCCGGAACCGGUUGCUCUGCCUCUGCGGCUCACUAUCUCCGCUACAGCAGCAACUAUCGCUCGGCCGCCGCGGCCCAGGCAUCACAGGCGAACAACGGCCAUGGGCACGGGCAUGGGCACGGUCAUGGCCAAGCACCGAUCUCAUCCUCUGCGUCCGCGUCAUCAACAGCUUCGUUUUAUAAUCGCCUCCUACUCCUCGAUAAUUGCAGCGGCGAUGCAGUGGGUGGCAAUAGCAGCAGCAGCGGUACCAAUGUCGCAGGAGGUGCCAAUACCAAUGGCCUCCUGGACAAGCAUGAGGUGGAGGGAAAUGCUGCGUCACCACCAGCUGCCAUGCCAUUGUCCGUGGGCGAUGGUUACAUGCAUUCCAAGUGCCCAGCGACGGCAACAACAACAGGAGCGAGUGGAACCAGAGACAACGAGGAGGCCUCUUCCAGCUCGAACUCCUCGCAUCUGUACCAGAACCUGCUGAGGAGCAGCUCGAGCGAGACGCCAGCGGGCUCUAGCAGUGCAGCGGGCGGCAAUAACUGUGAUUACCGGCACGAGAGCAACCAGAAUGGUCUGGAGGACUCGCCUCGUCGCCAUAGCUCCAUGGAUCAGCUUAUAGGGCUGAUCAAUGACAUGGGCAAGUCGUCGCGGACACGCAGCUUGAGCGAUGGCGGCACCCAGGAUGAUGAUGAAGCAGUGGAGAAGGAGGCCCAACCGGAUCUGUUGAAUAACACGCCUCCAGUUCCUCCUAAACGUUCCCACAAGCGCCGUCAUACGCCACCGCGGCCCAUCUCCAAUGGCCUGCCGCCCACACCCAAGGUUCAUAUGGGUGCCUGCUUCUCCAAGAUCUUCAAUGGCUGUCCGCUGCGUGUCCACUGCACGGCCUCGUGGAUUCACCCGGAGACAAGGGAUCAGCAUUUGCUGAUUGGCGCCGAGGAGGGCAUUUACAACCUCAAUAUGAAUGAGCUCCACGAUGCGGCCAUAGAUCAGUUGUUCCCGCGACGCACCACCUGGCUGUAUGUGAUCAAGGAUGUGCUGAUGAGCCUGUCGGGAAAAUCCUGCCAGCUUUAUAGACACGACCUGGUGGCCCUGCACUCCAAGCAGACGGUUCGCUUUUCGCUGCACAUGAACAAGAUCCCGGAGCGUCUGGUGCCCCGCAAAUUCGCUCUGACUACCAAGGUGCCAGACACAAAAGGCUGCACGCAGUGCUGUGUCACCCGGAAUCCGUACAAUGGCUACAAAUAUCUGUGCGGAGCCACGCCCAGCGGCAUCUUUCUGAUGCAGUGGUACGAUCCCCUGAACAAGUUCAUGCUGCUGAAGCAAUGCGAGUGGCCGGCCAUUAGUAUCCAGGGCGGAGGACAUGGCUGUGUUCAGAAUGGACACACGCCCGUCUUUGAGAUGAUUAUCACGCCCGAAUUGGAGUAUCCCAUUGUGUGUACGGGUGUGAGAAAGGCCAUGAACGGCUGCCUCAAGCUGGAGCUGAUCAAUAUGAACAGUGCCAGCUGGUUCCAUUCGGAGGACCUGGAGUAUGACGCCAUGGCCACGAUGGUGCCGCGACGCGACCUGCUGAAGGUGGUGCGUGUGCACCAGGUGGAGAAGGACGCCAUUCUCGUUUGCUAUGGCAAUGUAAUGCAGGUGGUAACGCUGCAGGGCAACCCCAAGCAGCACAAGAAGAUGGUAUCGCAGCUGAACUUUGAUUUUAAUGUGGACAGCAUUGUCUGCCUGCCGGACAGCGUGCUGGCCUUCCACAAGCAUGGCAUGCAGGGAAAGUCGUUACGCAAUGGCGAAAUCACGCAGGAAAUCAAAGACAUGAGUCGCACUUACAGGCUGCUGGGCAGCGAUAAGGUUGUGGCCCUGGAGAGCCAGCUGCUGAGGACCGGCUCCCUGGGUAGCGAGGAGGGACACGAUCUGUACAUUCUGGCCGGGCACGAGGCCAGCUACUAAGCUACUUAGACGCCCCGCUUAAUCCAAUGUUAUAUUUUAAAUAUAAAAAAGAAAACCAAGUUUUAAGGGCCGCCUCCGCCGCCGUCGUCGUCAACUAUUAACUGUAAUUUAAUUACUCGUAGGCUAAGGCAGUGAGCUAAUCACUGAUCAUAGAGAGAAGCGUUCGAGAUAGCUUAGACUUAGCGCAAUUUUAAACGCACCUAGAAGAGGCAGCCCGAUGACACAUGAUAUCUGCCCCCUGAUUCCGUUGUAGUUAUAUUUUUGUAUUACAAAAAAGAAAUGCUUUAAUUUAUACACACUAACUUUAUAAAUGAUCUACGCAUUACGGCUAGAGUUACGUUAGAGAUUUUUGUGUACACAAGCCUCCCCCCUAAUAUAGAGACGACGUUUCCCAAAUAGUCAGUAGUCAGGAGAGAUCCCAACUAUAUACAUACACUUUAUGGUACGCAUUUAGCCACACAAAUUCACCCGCAAUUAGCCACUAAUAAAGGUACUUCUUAGAUCGCAUAUAGCCAUUGUAAAUCGCAACGUUUUUAGCUUUCAAUUGGCUCAAAAAAAGAGAAAAAGAAAUCGCAACGGAAGGGUUAGGAAUAGGGAUUUGGGAACGGGACUUGGGUGGGGUAAAUGCGAUGAUAUACGGUUUGUUGGGAAACAAAAACUUAGCCAGUAAGGACUUUUCUAUAACCUAGUAAACACGAAUUAACACGAAUUAAAUUAAAUGCAAAAUUAAAAAAAAAACAAAAGGUCUGUCUCUCAAAAAACAAACUGAUUGUCAUAGUUACGAUUCUAGGCUGUAAGCUAGGAGGCGAUGUUACAGAGAGGGGCGACUGACUUUCUCCGAACAGAGCAGCACUUUUCGUCGCUAAUUCAGUUGUAAAAAUAUUCAGCUAGCAAUUAAGUUAUUUAGUUCAUAAACAAAGCGUAAAACCGAAAAUUACCAAAACUAAUACAGAGGAAUAAAUAAAACGGAAAGCAUACCAGAUAAAGCCCACAAAAUUGUUGAACUCUAGUUUAGUGCAAGAAUAAAAAGAAACAAACAAACAAGUAUGUAAAAGAA